AUGACUACUCCAUUAAAAGAAAUAUAUGAAAAACAAGCGGAGUUUGAAGCUUUUUAUACAGGUGGUGAUAUUCAAUGGACCACUGAUGGAGGUCAAUUUCUUUGUCAAUGUGAUGAUGUUAUCAAAGUUAUUGAUGUCAACACAUUUUGCAAUACAUUAACAAUUGGUGAGGCAGCAGAAGAAAAAGAUGAUGGUGAUCAAAUAUAUACUUUCCAAAUGUCACAUGAUAAUCAAACUUUGGUAACUGCUCACAAAAGUGGUCUUAUAAAACUAUGGGACAGGGAAUCUGGAAAACAACAAAAAGUUUGGAGGUCUGGACAUAAAGGUGCUGUUGCUAAGUUAGCCUUUGAUGCUGAAGAUAUUAAUAUUGCAUCAGGUGGUACUGAUGGAAAUAUAAGACUUUGGGAUCUCACACAUUACACAUGUACUAGUAGUUUAAAGGGAGCUCUAGGCGUUUUCACUGUUCUUAAAUAUCAUCCUGAUUCUACUAAGCAGCUUAUAUUUGGGGCUGCAGAUGACACUAAAAUUAGAUCCUGGGAUUCUAAAACAGGCAAAGAUAGUUUAAUAUAUUCAGGUCAUUUUAGCAAAGUAACUUCAUUACAAUUUACUCCAGAUAAUGAACAUAUGAUUAGUUCUGGAAGGGAUAGAGUUUUGAUUCUUUGGAAACUUGGUGAAAGUAAGGCUCUUAGAGUUGUACCAGUGUAUGAAAGUAUAGAAGCUACAAUUUUAAUGCCACCAUCUUUCAAGAUACCAAACUUUAAAAAAAAGCUUGAAACUGAAGGGAUAUAUGUUGCUUGUGCUGGUGAAAAAGGUAUCAUAAAAGUAUGGAAUAUACAAAUGAGCCGACUCAUGUAUGAACAAGCUGACAGCCUAGUUUCUCCAGCAAUAGAAGAAGGUGGUUUAGCAAUCACUAAUUUACUAUUCAAUAAAGCUAGGAAUAUGAUAUCGGUUGUUACAGUUGACCAUAAUAUAAUUAUUUAUGACUUAGAAACCUUUACUUGUAUGAAACAAAUGAUAGGUUUUACAGAUGAAAUACUUGAUAUUAUAUUUGUUGGUAAAGAUGAAUCACAUAUUGUUGUGGCUACAAACAGUAGAGACUUAAAAUAUUAUGAACUUGGUAGCAUGGAUUGUAAAUUAGUAAAAGGCCAUACUGAUAUUGUUUUGGCUUUGGCCAACUUCCCAACCAGACCAGAUGUCUUUGUAUCUUCAGGUAAAGAUAACACAGUCAGGAUUUGGAUCCAAGAUUCAAAACAAAAUAUAAAAUGUUUUGGAGUUGGUGCUAGGCAUACUGCUUCAGUUGGAUCAGUUUUUACUUCACAAACAUCUGACAACUUUUUUGCAUCUGUAAGCCAAGAUAAUUGCUUAAAGGUGUGGACAGUUCCUAAAGAAACAGAUUGUCAUGAUCAAAAAAUUAAAUCAAGCCAUACCGAAUUAGCUCAUAAUAUGGACAUUAAUUGUGUUGCAAUAUCUCCUAAUGAUAAAAUCCUAGCAACUGGAUCCCAAGAUAAAACCUGUAAACUAUGGACUGAAGAUUUAUCAUUACUAGGAAUUUUAAAAGGACAUAGACGUGGCAUAUGGUGUGUAACUUUUUCACCUGUGGAUCAAGUAGUCCUUACAUCUUCAGCUGAUUGCACAAUAAAAUUAUGGUCUAUAGCAGAUUUGAGUUGCUUGAAGACAUUUGAAGGUCACGAAAGCUCUGUUCUCAAGAUAGGAUUUUUAAGUAAAGGACAACAGAUAAUAUCAAGUGGAGCAGAUGGUCUUCUCAAGCUUUGGAAUAUAAAAAGUUCAGAAUGUAAAAUGUCUCUUGAUAAUCAUGAUGGCAAAGUCUGGUCUAUGGCUGUUAACAAAAUUGAGUCUAUUAUAAUUACUGGAGGGUCGGAUUCUAAAGUAGUAACUUUAAAGGAUGUUUCAGUCGAAAAACGUGAAAAGUUAGCAAAAGAGAGAGAAGAAUUGAUUUUACAAGAACAAGAGUUAAUCAAUUUGUUACAUGAUAAAAAAAUGGUUAAGGCACUUAAAUUAGCUAUACGAAUGAAUAGGCCAUUGCAUGUACUAAAAAUUGUUAAUGAGGUUUUAAGGUUUGGCCAAGAAAAGUUAUCGGAGACAUUAAAAGAAAUAAAUAAUACACAGAAAGAAACUUUACUAAAAUUUGCCACUGAAUGGAAUACAAAUAACAAGAAUUGUCAUGCUGCUCAAGUUGUAUUUUAUAUUUUAACACCUGAAAUUCUUUCUGGAAAUCUUAGAGUUCCAUCAUUAACAAGUUUUAUUGAAGGUGCAUUACCAUAUACUGAAAGGCAUUUUGAAAGAUUAACUAAUUUAUUACAAGAGCUUAACUUUAUUUCCUACACAGUCAACUGUAUGCAACCACAUGCUGUUAAAGACAGUGAA